UAGGUGGCAAUGUCAUGUCAUCUUUAUUGAAAAAUGGCGUUUGUGUUGUUUUAAGAGUUUAACGAUAAACACAAGUUUUUUAUGUUUUAGUGUUGAUUUGUGUUAUUUAAUUCUACAUUAAAUAAUUGUCUAGCAAUAAAAUAACGUGGACAGAUGAAUUUAUUGACCGAUGUCUGCCGUGGCUCCCACUAUCCCCGGGGCUGACCCAUCAAAAGAUAUACAAAAGCGCCGUGCUGGCAGUGUUGGGUCCGAUGAAGACGACGCAAGUGGUGGGAAAUACACAAGGAUGGAGGAGGACAAUAUUCAAGACAAAGAGAGGUUUGCAAGUCGUGAGAAUCACUGCGAGAUUGAGCGCCGGCGCAGGAACAAGAUGACGGCAUAUAUCACGGAACUAUCUGACAUGGUUCCAACAUGUUCCGCCCUCGCCCGCAAGCCGGACAAACUCACCAUACUGCGUAUGGCAGUAGCACAUAUGAAAGCACUCAGAGGUACAGGAAAUACCUCCACCGAUGGCACAUACAAACCGUCUUUUUUAACUGAUCAAGAGUUAAAGCAUCUUAUAUUAGAAGCGGCAGAUGGUUUUUUAUUUGUCGUUAGUUGCGACACCGGCCGUAUUAUAUAUGUUAGUGAUAGUAUAGCACCAGUACUUAAUUAUUCUCAGGGAGAGUGGUAUUCGUCAUGUCUAUUCGACCAAGUGCAUCCCGACGAUGUGGAAAAAGUCCGGGAGCAGUUGAGCACACAAGAGCCACAGAACACUGGCCGAAUUUUAGAUUUAAAAACGGGCACUGUUAAAAAAGAAGGACAUCAGUCAUCGAUGCGUCAAGUGAUGGGAUCGCGGCGCGGGUUCAUCUGCCGCAUGCGCGUGGGCGGGACGGGCGCGGGCGACGCGCACGUGGGCCGACUGCGCGCGCGCAACUCGCUCGGCCCCUCGCACGACGGACACAACUACGCCGUCGUCCACUGCACGGGAUACAUCAAAAACUGGCCUCCGACAGAUCUGUUUCCAGGUAUGCAGAUGGAUCGGCCAGUCGAAGAUGAGCUGCACGCGUCACAUUGUUGUCUCGUCGCUAUUGGACGGUUACAGGUGACGUCGACGCCGACGAGCGCGGAGGGCGCGGGGUGCGGGGGCGCGGAGUUCGUGUCGCGCCACGCGGCCGACGGGCGCUUCACGUUCGCGGACCAGCGCGCCGCGCAGGUGGUGGGCCACGCGCCCGCCGACCUGCUCGGCAAGCUCUGCUACGACUUCUACCACCCCGAGGACCAACAACACAUGCGGGAUAACUUCGACCAAGUUCUAAAGCUCAAAGGACAAAUCAUAUCCCUAAUGUACCGAUUCCGGACCAAAAGUAGAGAGUGGAUCUGGCUGAGGACAUCAGCUUUUGCCUUCCUUAACCCAUAUAAUGAUGAAGUCGAGUACAUCGUCUGCACAAAUACUCUCGCAAAGUAA